CGAGCCGUUCAUAUUGGCCAUGUGUUUAUUGCCCAAACCCCAGAGAGGGAAAAUAAGAGGAGCGGUGUGUAUGGGUGGGGGGACUUUCAACAAAUCUUAUCUUAUUUAAAAGUAUUUUUGAUGACUAAUCUUAUAAAAGAAAAAAAAAAUCAAUAUUGUCCAUUUAUUCCCACUGCCGAUUGAUAUUGUUAUAUAAGUCACAGCUAAUAAAAAAAAUUUUUUGUUUUAAACUUGAAGAAUUGUGACAAAAUUCCAACAGGCUCUAACCACACUGUGUUAUCGAUAUUUCCGAGAAACGGUAAUCACAUCGGGAAAACGUCAUUCACUUGCUUGGUAUUGAAAGGUGAGUAGGUAUAAGCUUACUCUAACUAAUGUAAGGUCAGUAGUUAUGGGCUUACUCUAACUAAUGUAUAGGUCAGUAGUUAAGGGCUUACUCUAACUAAUUUAAGGUCAGUAGUUAUGGGCUUACUCUAACUAAUGUAUAGGUCAGUAGUUAAGGGCUUACUCUAACUAAUUUAAGGUCAGUAGUUAUGGGCUUACUCUAACUAAUGUAUAUAUCAGUAGAUAUGGGCUUACUCUAACUAAUGUAUAGAUCAGUAGAUAUGGGCUUACUCUAACUAAUGUAUAGAUCAGUAGAUAUGGGCUUACUCUAACUAAUGUAUAGAUCAGUAGAUAUGGGCUUACUCUAACUAAUGUAUAGAUCAGUAGAUAUGGGCUUACUCUAACUAAUGUAUAGAUCAGUAGAUAUGGGCUUACUCCAGCUAAUGUAAGGGGCAGUGUACAGAUUAUAAGAUUUUUACCCAACCCCCAAAAAACCCUUAUAGCAUUAUAUUGUAUAACAUUUCUAGCAAGCCCCUCCAUACUUUCCAUUUUUUUUUUUUGUAAAAUAAAUAAAACAAAACCCAGAUCAAAAAAGUUGGUACUACAAACAUUUUGUUUAGAUCAUGUUUAUUUUUUCUAAACUGUCCCUGUUAACCGAAUAAUGAUUACACGGACAGUCCUGCAAGUCUCCGGGAAAGAUGUUUAAAGACUAGAAAUUACGACCUACAAUUAGAGAUAAGAAUCCUUUUUUUUUUUUUUCCAAAAUAAUGAUUAUUACUUCUCUAUUGCAUUAUAUAAUAUGUGGUCGUCCUCUAAAACUUCGAGACUGUUAGCAAUUAUUUUUCCCAUUCCUUGUAAGAACUUUUUCUAAAAUAGAUCAACUUUAGGAUAGUCCUCACUAAUUCCGACUAUUUUAUGUACAUUUCUUUACAUUGGGUAAGCUCCUGGUCAAUUUUAAGUUUGAACCUCCAUGACAUCCCUUUACAUGUCUUGACAUGACAUCCAUGUAGUCUACAUACCUUGACAUCCCUGUAGACUACAUCCCUUGACAUCCCUGUAAUCUACAUUCCUUGAUAUCCCCGUAGACUACAUCCCUUGACAUCCCUGUAGACUACGUCCCUUGACAUCCCUGUAGACUACAUCCAUUGACAUCCCUGUAGACUAUAACAUGUCUUGACAUCCCUGUAGAUUACAUGUCUUGACAUCCCUGUAGAUUACAUGUCUUGACAUCCCUGUAGACUACAUCCCUUGACAUCCCUGUAGAUUACAUGUCUUGACAUCCCUGUAGACUACAUCCCUUGAUAUCCCUGUAGAUUACAUGUCUUGACAUCCCUGUAGACUACAUCCCUUGACAUCCCUGUAGAUUACAUGUCUUGACAUCCCUGUAGACUACAUCCCUUGACAUCCCUGUAGAUUAAAUGUCUUGACAUCCCUGUAGACUACAUCCCUUGACAUCCCUGUAGAUUACAUGUCUUGAUAUCCUUGUAGAUUAAAUCCCUUGACAUCCCUGUAGACUAAAUCCCUUGACAUCCCUGUAGACUACGUCCCUUGACAUCCCUGUAGACUACAUGUCUUGACAUCCAUGUGGACUACAUGUCGUGACAUCCCUGUAGACUAUAACAUGUCUUGACAUUCCUGUAGACUACAUGUCUUGACAUGCCUGUAGACUAAUUGUCUUGACAUCCCUGUAAACUUCAUGUCUUGAAAUCCCUGUAGACUACUUUUCUUGACACCCAUGUAGACCACUUUUCUUGACACCCAUGUAGACCAAAUGUCUGACAUCCUUGUAGACUGCAUGUCUGCCAAUGACUUAUAAUUUGAUCACAUAAUCUUACCACCUAAAUUUAGCAUUCAGAUUAAUCGAGUGCUCUUAUCUUGCACUUAGUUUUGUUCUAUUCCCUGACACAAUGUAGUGACAUCGUGUAGGUUUCAACAUGAAUUGUUUUGCUGGUAUGCCAUCAUCUUUUGCAUCCUUUCUUCGUGGAACUUCCUUUUGCUUAUUUUUCAUCUUCAUUUAAAUAUGACCACACCAAUCAGCAAAUUCAGUUGCUUUGUUCUAAAACCGUUCAAAUUUAUUUGCUCUGUUCUCCAUCCGUUCAAAUUCAGAUGUCUCAGGCAAAGUGGUGAAAUCCAGGCAUUCUAUAGAACAAUAUUUUUUUUUAGGCCUUCUCAACAUUUUUAUGUUAGUCCCUUGUUGUUUACUGUUUAUUUUUUUUUAAAGUCAAAUACCUUUGUAUGUUAUUAUAAACUUUUCCUAAGCCCAUGUGGGCAAGGUGCACAAUGGCUUAUGUAUUUGAUAUUUGGAGUGAGAUCGUCAGGCAUUCUAUGUACAAUGUCUAGAUUUUUACACUUUGCUUGUAAUGCACAUAUUGUUUUCAAAUAGUUGAAUCAAUAGAGACGAUGUUACCAAACCUAACUAAUAAAAUCAAACAGAUUAAAGUUAAGUUAUUUUAAAUCAUUUAAAAAAAAUUAUACAGACACAAAGUAAUUCGGCCUACGCUGCACAUAAGUCGGGAUAUCCCGGUGCGGCAGCAUUGUCCCCGCGGCGACCCGACCGGUUUGUUAUCCUGUCCCUAUUUCAAUCUCAAUUAUUUAAAAUUAAAAUUCGGCAUGUGUAUUUAUCAAAUUUAAUAUUUAAUGUAUCUAAGCUAAACUUGCGUGCAAAGGAGUGACCAGCUCCAAGCUUUUAUUAUGCAACGUGCGCUAAUUUAUGAAUGAGUCCACGUGUAAAUUUGAGGCCUGGGACACAAGGUCCGCCUGCAACCUACGACCCCUGGUGUAGAAAGAUGGGGUGGAGGAGGUGGUCCGCCUCAGGCUGCACCCAUAGUAGCUACGCCCACUGCCUAAUGACCCCUCUCCCAAAAAGAGUACGACCAGAAAGUCAGCAUAUUUUCGUGACUAAAAUAAACUCCCAAUGACUAAAUAGGACAGAGGUUUUGGACUAAGAGAAUAAAGACAUUACUUUUUUUUGAAGGAAUCAAGUGAGACAUAAAGAAUUAUGAAUUUUCUUUAUCUCUCCUAGCAUCCACAACGUCAGAUCAUUCUAAUAUGCCUAUAAGGUCUCUCCUAGCAUCCACAACGUCAGAUCAUUCUAAUAUGCCUAUAAGGCCUCUCCUAGCAUCCACAACGUCAGAUCAUUCUAAUAUGCCUAUAAGGUCUCUCCUAGCAUCCACAACGUCAGAUCAUUCUAAUAUGCCUAUAAGGUCCUCCCACUGGUCCAGCUUUCUACCCUUAAGACUCUGGUUAGCCUACAUAUAACUAUGUCAUAUAGCCUACAUAUAACUAUGUCAUAUAGCCUACAUGUAACUAUGUCAUACUUUUUGAAGCAAAGGGACUGGAGCGCUUAAUAUCCUUCGUAUGAUUGGCGCUAAGAAAUAUCUCCCAGUGCCCAAGGCUACGCCACUGUCCAGUCAGUACAGUCUAGUACAGAAUAUCAAUCAUGCAUGAAUAGGGCUUUUUAAGAAUGUAUAAAUAACAACGUUAAAUUAUUGGAACUUGUCCAGAAACUCUGUAAGAAAAGCCAUGCAGAUAGGUCUAUGAAUCCGCUGCAGGUCAAGAAACAUGACGAAAUGAGGGGGGGGGGGGACCCAAUAUAACCGACCAGGGCCCACUAUACCUUCAGGCGUCCAUUUAAAAUUUGCUAUCUUCAGAUGUACAAAAGAUAAGAUAUGAACAUCGUGGGUUAAACGAACACAGAUGCCCCCACUUUCCCUGGAACCCCCGAUAGAUUCAGCCAUCGUCAUAUAUAUUCAUUUAAAGGUACCUUUUANUUUUUUUUUUUUUUUUUUUUUUUUUUUUAAUUUUUUAACUAAUUUAAAUUAUUUAUUUUAGUUGAAUUUUAAUAAAAAUUUAAUGACACUAUCUCCGAGAUUUAAAAAAAAAAAAAAAAAAAUUGUGGUACCCACUUUCCUAAGCCCCAACCACAGUCAACGACAUUCCACUGGUAUGACUUUAAACGUGUCACUUUAUUAAAAUAAAAAGCACAAGAAAUGUAUUUCAAUGGCUCCGACGGCCAAAAAUAAAGCUUACCGCAAUCUAUCUCUCUAUGCUGUAUAAUGAAGAGACUUUUCGGACACACUGCCAAAAUCAAUUUCUUUAAAAGCCCAAAGCUCUGGAACUUUGAAAUAAGGAUUCCCAUUAUCGCCUCAUGUACAUUUGAUGACCACCUUACGACAUAUGAUCUAGGAAAAAAGUUACGUCAUGUUUUAGGGGGAAUACCCGUUAUUUGUUUCUUUAGCCGUCGACAUUUGUUCACACGUAAUGUUCGUUAAGAAGUAGGAAACAUUAAGUUUGGCAGGGAGGUGGCUGGGGUAUGAGGUUGCGUUUUGCUGAAACGUAUACGACGGACAGGCCCGGCACCUGGUGGGACUCAGUGUAAAUAAACAAACCCCACCUGAUCACGUCGUGACUCGCGACCGUGUCGAACUGACCAACGCGGUUCUGUGACCAGGCAUAACAAUCACGCUUCUGUUGGUUUCCGCUUGUGUAACGGGAAGGUAAUCUGUCUGGAAGGCGAUGUACCAUGUUCUUAGGAAUAUCGUAUUGGAAACAAUAUGAUAGUCUAACUUCUUGAAAGGGAUUCUCGGCGUUUGUUUGUGUUGGUUUUUUUGUUUUUGUUUUGUGUUUUUUGGUGCACAAAUUCAAAUAACAGGACUUUAAACUUUAAAGGUAUCUUUUUUUUUUUAAUGUUUAGAUUGGUGAAAUCUAUGUAUUAAUUUCUUGUUUUAAAAACAAGAACGACUUUACAGUUAAACUUCUAAUAAUAUUAGUUGAUAUUUCGUUAAUAAAAUGAUAGAAAGGUGCCAAAAGGCGAGUGAGAACAGCAUUCGGGGGGAAAUAUCACACAGUUGUGUUGUUCGGCUUGCUUAAAAAUUGUACUAGAUGAUAUUCAAUGAGCCCAGUGCUUACUGCCAAAUGACCACAAUCCCGUCGUUGAAGUUUAAAAUCUAUAUUUUUUUAUUAGUGAAACUUGAUUUAGUUCUCUUAUCUCCGUGACAAACACCAAGGAGCUGGUUCGGUGCGUAUCUGGAACAAUGCCAUUGUUUUUGCCUGGGCUGACUUCGGAAUAAACGAUGAAUAUAGCGUUGCGUUUGAGAGUCGGGGUUUCGCGUGAAGUUUUCCCGAUAAUGCCAGCCUGCAUAACAGCAGUUUUAUCAGUGCAGGAGAACAAGCGGCCGCAACAACUACACUGUGUUCUCAGACAUCCGUAUCAAGGCAUUAAGAAAUAUUUGUCAUUACAGUCUCAUCGAAUGAAAGUAAGAGAGAGAGAGAGAGAGAGAGAGAGAGAGAGAGAGAGAGAGAGAGAGAGAGAGAGAGAGAGAGAGAGAGAGAGAGAGAGAGAGAGAGAGAGAGAGAGAGAGAGAGAGAGAGAGAGAGAGAAGAUAUCUUUGAUGUUGGUAACACAAAGAAAGAAAAAGAGAGAGAGAGAGAGAGAGAGAGAGAGAGAUAGAGAGAGAGAGAGAGAGAGAAAGAUAGAUAGAGAGAAAGAUUGAGAGAGAGAAAGAGAGAAAGAAAGAGAGAAAGAGAAAGAAAGAAAGAGAGAGAGAGAAAGAGAGAGUGAGAGAAAGAGAGCUAAAGAGAAGGAGAAAAUCGAGAACGAAACAGAGAGAGAGAGAGAGAGAAAGAAAGAGAAACAAAGAAAGAGAAUGUCUUUUCCAUUCAAUAUUCUACGUUUCUGAACUCCUUCUACAAAUCCUGCCUAAUCCUAACCCCUAUAUAUAAAUAUAUAUAAUAUAUAACAUGCCAUGACGUCAUAUUAGAACAUUCCUCUAAACGUUUAUACCUAUACCAUCCAUGUAGGAUUUACUUGGAAACACAUCUUCUUCAAUUUUGGGGAGUUCCCAGAAGCUACGUAAGCUCUUUAUAGACCUUUGCACACGUCCCUGGCUGUAAAUCUCAACGACACUCCAAGACGGCGGGUUUCAGUCUAGCAAUAACGCUUUCUUUUGUAGUCGACCAGAGGCUGUGAGAUCUCAUCAAUAUGGCCGACGUGCCGAGCAAUAAUUCUUCGAUGGAGCUGAACGUCUACUUCACGGAGCAGCCAGUGGCUAGCCUCGAGCCCAAGUGGAAGAUACUUAUAAUCGUCGCGUGCGUCGUCGCCUCACUGGUCAUGUGCCUUCUGAUCUACGUCGUCGCUAAGCUGAAGGGACGUAGGAACCAGAAUGAAACCUAUUGGAAGCUGGCACACGACCAACCAACUUUUGGACCUAGUAAGUUUUGUUAUCUUAAUUAAUAUAUUUAACUAUGGAGCCGUUUUUUGACUGUGCCCAGAGCCCCCAAAGGCCUCGAUCCUUAAUGCACUUAAUCUAUUACAUUGUACUGACCACAAUCUUCUACUGUCCACAAUCAUGAACUGUCCACAAUCUUGAACCACUCGUAAUCUCGCACUGUGUGCAAUAUGGUACUGUCCACAAACUUGUACUGUGCACAAUCUUCUACUGUGCACAAUCGUGUGCUGUCCACAAUCCUGAACUGUCCACAACCGUGAACUGCUCGUAAUCUGGCACUGUCUGAAAUAUGGUACCGUCCAAUGUUCCCUUUUAGCUGCGCGGCUGCGCGGCCGCGCAGCUAUCUCACAGACGCCGCGCAGCAGUUUUGAGUACCGCGCAGCAAAUUUCCAUGCAAAUGUGUAGGCAGUAAAAUUGUGCGCACAAAAAAAUUGAAGCUGUAAAACUUUGCACACUACUGUAUGAUAUUGAACACGAACCAACGAACCUUAGAAGGGACAUUGGUACCGUUCACAAAUCUUGUACUGUCCACAAUCUGGUACUGUCCACAAUCUUGUGCUGUCCAUAAUCUUUAACUGUUGACGACCGGGAACUGCUCGUAAUCUGCCAUUGUCUACAAUAGGCACUGUCCACAGUCGUUUACUAUCCAUAAUCUUGUGCUGUCUCCAAUAAGUUACUUCCCAUAAUUAUGCACUGCUCAUAAUCUGGCGCAGCCAGUUGCCUGCUCUCUGGAGAAUUUCCGUCCACAAGUGCUUUAGAAUCCCCGAUUUAUUCAAGUUGUUUCAAAUUAAGUUUAUCCAAAACAGUUAGAUCACUUUGGUUCACGGACUAAAAGGCAUGCAAAUUAAACUUUUGAGAUGCCAUCACGACGUGUUAAUGUAAACACGUGUGUUCAUAUAGUGGCAAAACAGUAAAGGUCCCAGCCCAGAGGCGUCGACGCGUAACAUCCCUCACUAAUCUAAGUUAUAACAAUCAAUGUAAAAUAUGGCUUUCGACCCCCCCCACACAUACACACACCACCACCCCCCCACCCCCACUUCCCUUUACCAAAAAAAAAAAAAAGAGACACGUUUUUUGUCACUGUCAAAGCGUGUGGGGUGUAACCAGGGCCGGCGCCAGAGUAUUUGGCACCCUAGGCGAACCUGCCUCACUGCGCCCCCCCUCCACGCCCAUGGCAACUAAUUAUUUAAUUAAUAGUGCCGCCCCCUAAAAAUUUGCCGCCCUAGCCGGCCGACUAGUUCGCCUAAUGGUUAAACCUGGCCUGGGUGUAACCUAUAGGUCUACGUUUCAUGUUCGUGUACAAUUCACAUUUCUUAUUUGUGGAAAGUCUUGUCUCACGAACUCAUUUCACUACGAUAGGCUACUAAAUCGUCCGUCGGUGUAAAACAUCUGCAACACGCCGGUUUAUUUUAACACAUUAUUAAACUUUUUAAAAAAACUAAUCAUUUUCAUGAUUUUUUUUGUGUGCAGAUUUUCCAGGACCAUUCAUCCCGGAAUUUACACCCGGAAGUGUGAAAUCUUUAAAUUCUCCUACAAGAGCCGCCUCCCCCGAGAACUACAAAGGCGGCGGUCUCGGUGGGGGCCAAUGGAUCUACAAAGGAAGACAAGUUGAUUGCAAAGAUUUGUUGAUAUGACCACGAACGUGUGUCUAACAAGUGUGUCAAUGAGAACAGAACAAAAAGAUUAUGUACAACAAUGAAGCAGUUGAUCUAUUGACUUACAAGGUCACUGUGGAGUAACCUUUGAUUAGUACACCCUCGGUCAAGACAGAGAGAUUCGUCCUGCCUUCUAGAGCUCAGCUUUACUUCAGUUAAAUGCUUUGUUUGCAUGCCAUGUAAGGGGGGGGGGUCGCGAAAUUCAAAUGGUCAAGUCGGAGGAUGUGAUCCUGAGUAAUCGCUGUUUUUGGAGAUACAAUUAAGAACUAUGGACAUUUGGCUUAGGGGAAUGAAUGCAAUAGAUUUGCGUAGCUAGGGUAGGUGCCACUCGUAGCGGGAAAAGUGAGGUUUUUUUUUUUUUUUCUGACACUCUUCCCGAAAAAGACUCUGCAGUCGUUCUCAAAAUAAAGAAAAAAAGAUCCACACCCGUUGCAUAAUAACUUGGUGUUUAUGAUNCUUCAUCCAUCAAUUGAUCUAUUACUUCACCCAUUACUUCAUCCAUCAAUUGAUCUAUUACUUCACCCAUUACUUCAUCCAUCAAUUGAUCUAUUACUUCACCCAUUACUUCAUCCAUCAAUUGAUCUAUUACUUCACCCAUUACUUCAUCCAUCAAUUGAUCUAUUACUUCACCCAUUACUUCAUCCAUCAAUUGAUCUAUUGCUUCACCCAUUACUUCAUCCAUCAAUUGAUCCAUUGCUUCAUCCGUUAAUUCAUCAAUAAGUUCAUGCAUCAAUUGAUCCAUUGUUUCAUCCAUUGCUUCAUCCAUUAAAUUGAUCGAUUACUUCAUGAGUCAAUUUAUCCUUUAAUGCAGCCAUUAUUUCAUCCAUCAACUGAUCGAUUGCAUCAUCCAUUAUUGCAUCCAUUAUUUCAUCAAUGGUUUCAUCCAUUAAUUAAUCCAUUAAAUCAUCCGCAAGUUCAUCCAUCAUUUUAUCAAUUGUUUCAUUCAUUAGUUCGUCCAUCAAAAUUUAUCCAUCACUAAAUCCAUUUCUAUAUUCAUCCACUUGAUCCAUGCCAAUGAUUUUUCUAUAAUGAUUUUCUGAAUAAAAAAAAUAAAACUGC